UCAAAUGAGCAUUUGACAGAUAAAAGUAAAGAAAGACUUCGCAACAAAAAAUUGCGUUUUGUGAUAGAAAAUUAAUCUAAAAUCUGCAAAUAUUACACUAUUUCAUCAAUAUAGUUAUGCAUACCAAAUACUACCGACACUUAUAGUGAUUCUCGAGCGUUUAUAACAGCAAAGCCACCAUGGAAGGCAGUGUAAAUGACACGAACGAUGGCUGUGAACCAAUUGGAAAAGCGGUGGACGAGGGCGACGGGCGGCUGUCCCCGCUGGACGAAGAGCGGAAGAAACUGGCAGACGAGUUUAAUGUACAGAGAGCCAAGAUGAAGGAGCUGUUCCUGCAGAAAGAAGUGGAGCUCCGAGCCCUCAUCUCGGAGCGGGAGCAGCUGCAGUCGGAGGCACUGGGGCUGAGGGCACAGCUGCAGCAGCUGCAGACGCUUGCCCAGAACCAGAAGUCCGAGAUAGAGAGUCUACAGCUGCUUAUACAUGAAACAGUGGAGGCGUCCUCGUCAGGCAGCGACGAGGUGCGGCGCCUCACCACCAGGAACCUGGAGCUGGAGCAGCUCGUCAAUCUGCACAACAAGGAGAAGCAGGCGCUGCAGGAGGCGUCGCUGGCGCCGGGCGCGCUGGUGCGGUCCCUGGCGAGGAGGCUGGGGGCUGACACGGACCACGAGGACGCCGCCAGGAAGGCGCAAGAAGACGCAGAGUUAUUGCGUUCUCUGGUGGAGCCGCUAGAAGAAGAGAUCAAAGCUUUGAAAGACAAGUUGAGAGAUACGGACAGCCAGCUGCAAGCCACGAAAGCAAACAAACCGAAAGGCGAUAGUAAAGGAGCGGAAAGUGCCGCCCCCUGCGACAUGUGCGUGAACUACGAGCGGCAGCUGGUGGCGGAGCAGGCGCGUUGUAAAGACGCUACCGAGAAGGCACGAUAUGCUGAACGGGCGCUUAAUAUUGCUACAGAGGAGCUGGAAGGAGCCCGCACAGUGCACGAGGAGACGGUGCAGGCGUGGCGCGCCGAGCGGGCCGCCGCCGCCAGCGAACUGGAGGCCUUGAGGGCAGCUGUGGAGGUGUGCCAGGGGAAUGUUGAUGCUAAGGCGGCGGCGGCGGAGGCGGCGGCGGCGCGCGCGCUGCAGCAGGUGACGGCGCUCACGGUGCACCGGGAGACGCUGCAGGAGACGCUCGACACUCUACAGAGAGACAACGACAUGUUGGUGGGCAAGUACACGAAGAAGGCGCUCGAGCUGCAGAAUGAGGACAUCAAUCUGCCCGACACCGCGGAGGAGCUCCAAGAGCACUGUCUCAAACUCCGCGAGGAGCUGAUCAUCUCGGCCCUCGGGCGGGAGCAGGCGGCGGCGGAGGCGGGCGGGCUGCGCGCGCAGGCGGCGUCCCACGCCCAGCAGUACCACGAGCAGGGCGCCCGCCUGGCCGCCGCUACGAGGCAGCAUCUGCAUGCCAGACAGCAACUGGAGCGUCUGGAGGCGGAGCGCGAGCAGAUGCGCGAGCUGGGGGACAAGCUGCACCAGGCUAAUGACCGGAUAGAGGAGCUGCUUGAGGACAAGAAGCGCCUCCACGGCGAAGUCUCGGAGCUGCGCGCGCGCAUCAGCUCGCUACAACAGGACCUGGACAACAGCGAGAAGGUGCAGCAGGACUUCGUGCGGCUCAGCCAGUCGCUGCAGGUGCAACUGGAGCGCAUCCGCGAGGCGGACACGGAGGUGCGGUGGCAGCACGAGGACGACGUGACGGAGUGCCCCGCGUGCCGCGCGCACCUGCCCAGCAACAAGGCCAAGGUGCACUGCCGCCACUGCGGGCGCAUCUUCUGCGCUGCGUGCGUGCGCGGCGAGGUGGCGGCCGGGCCGCGGCGCCGCCCCGCGCGCGUGUGCGCCGUGUGCCGCACGCUGCUGCAGCCGCACACGCCGCCCUACUUCAGCACCGCGCCGCCCACCAACACCGACUAGAAGACCAACACUGAUUAAAAAGAAGGAGGAAG